ACAUCAACACAAUAUGUUAGUGGAGCUUUCGGAUGUGGCAAGAAACGCAGACCUUGUUAUGAAAGAGCACUCAACGCAGCCGCGAAUAAUGCUAGGACACACAUCAUCAGUGUUAGCGGCCGCGUUCUUCAAAGACGGUCGAAGGGUUAUCACUAGUUCAUCAGACAAAACCCUGCGAAUUUGGGAUGUGCAGACAGGAGCAUCGGUAGGAGCGCCAUUCAAGGGACACAAGGGCUGGGUGCGAUCAGUCACUAUAUCCCCAGAUGAUAGGAGAAUUGCGAGCGGUGGAGAGGACAAAACCAUUAUCCUUUGGAAUGUGGAGAACGGGCAGAAGAUUUUGGAUCCGCUGGUGAAGCAUACGCGCGAUGUGAACUCGUUGUGUUUCUCCCCCGAUGGUGAAAGACUGGCAAGCGGGUCAUCUGAUUGCACGGUUGUCAUAUGGGAUGCGGAGACUGGCGCUGUCCUCGCGACACUUCGUCAUGACAGUUUAGUGUUGACUGUGGCAUUCAGCCCCGAUGGGUUGAAACUAGCCUCGGGAUCAAAAAACAAUACCAUCCGCGUUUGGCGCACCAUUGACGCUGAGGUUCUUCUCGAGUUCGACGCUCACCAAAAUCGGGUUCGAAGCGUUGUGUGGUCGCAUGACGGCCAGCAACUUGUCUCCGCAUCGUACGAUCAAACAGUCAAGUUUUGGAACUCGUCCAACGCAGACCAGAUCGAUAAACCUUGCGCUGGUCACACUGCCUGGAUAUAUUCUCUCGCCAUCUCUUUUGACGAUUCCUUCAUUGCCACUGCAUCUUGUGAUGAUACUGUGCGGCUGUGGAGCACAAAAACACACCAACAGAUAGGGCAGGCACUUGGACAUACCACAUGGGUCGGCUGUGUGGUGAUUUCUCCCAAUGGAGAACUGCUCAUGAGUGGAGAUGGAGAUGGGAAGGUUCGGCUCUGGUUCAUCAAGAACAUACUCGAGGAAUAUAAUGCGGAAGAUAGGCUGAAGGAAGAGCUAGACGCUGCCAAUACCCUGUCGACACCUUUUUUACCGGAUAUCGCUCGAAGUGACAUCCAGCUGGCACGCAACGAGUCCUCUGACGAUUGUGACAUUACGAGCCAUCAUUCUUCGGAAACUCACGUAACCUCUAGCACUCGCUUGUUUCCUUCAUUAUUCGAUAACCUCCCUAUCAACACGACAGUUCGCAAUGCGUGCAUCGCCGGGGACUUGCAUACUGCUGAAGAUAUUCUGAACCAGGAGAUCGGCACUGAUGGCGACAACUGCGCUUCUUGUGCCAGUCGCUCAAUUGUAAUGGCGCGAAAUUCAGAUUGGGACCAGGCACUUCGAGAUGCAGUCAACUCAAUUGCUAUCCAACCCUCAUUAAUGGGUUGCAUCUCUAAGGGCAUUGCCCUUUGCGGCAAGGAGCAACUUUGGGAUGCCAUGGAGGCUUUUGAUCUCGCUUUCACAUUUGCCACUCAUGAUUCGACGACCAUCAACCUCUUACUAUUGAUCAAGGCCGUUGCGCUUUUCAAUGCAGGCCGUCGCGACGAGGCAAUCCGGCGAGUUCAAGACCUAGCCAUUACUUGUCAGCACUCAGAUACGCUUCCGUGCAGCGUCGUAAACUCAUAUCUACAUGUACAACUUGCAACCAUUUCUUUUGAGAAUGGGCAGUACCUCGAAGCUGCUGAACAAUUCACGGAGGUCCUCAUUACGACUAUGGCUGACUUGUCCUUACGCACGGCACUCUGCGAACCUAGAUUAAAGAUAUUCACCAUGCUCUUCGGUUGGGACUUGGAUUCGUUAUUGCGAACCGCCCACCAACAACGGUGUGACGCGUUCCUUCGAGCGGAUCAAGUGAUCGAAGCGGUCGAAUCGUACCAAUACAUGAUGCGCGUGAUUGACGGGGCUGAGAAGACCAGCUAUCUCGGAUGGUCUACCACCUUCAAGCAAGACUGCAUUGCACGUUGUGUGGCCAAGGGAGAAGAAGCUGUAGUUACAAACGAUCAUGCAAGAGCUAUCAAGCUUUAUUCGGCAGGGAUCGGGCUAGAUCCCUCACAUGACCUACUUCUUGUACGCCGCGGUAAGGAGAAUAUGGGACAGAACCUAUAUGCGGAAGCCCUCUCCGACGCAGAACAGGUGCGGAUGAUGUGCAUAAUAUUUAACAUUGUGUUGAUGUUGUCAAUCCAUAGGUGAUCGAACUCAACCCAUCGUCUUAUGUUGGGUACAAAUUAAAGCACGAAGCGCUUUACGGGGUAAAUCGCUAUGAUGAAGCAGUCGUGACCUUCAAUAUCAUGCUCACCAAGUUGGAAAAUGCUUCCGACGCGCAGAUACAACAACUACGUCGGCAAUAUCACUAUGUCACUCCUUGUGAAGCAGAACAUGCUAUUCGAGAAGCGAUUCGUACUCACCUGGACACCGCUCCACUUCGUUUACUCGACACCUCCACAGGACGUU